AUCCUUCAUCUCCUUGUAGUAAUAAUAGCAAUUCCUCUUCAUUGAUGAAUGUAUCUCCCCUAAACAAAAGCCCUACAUCUUCCCCUUCAGAUGAACGAUUUCCUUCUUCAACUCGUCAAUCUAUGUUAAUGAAGAAUGGUGAUAAGAGCUUUUCAAGAUAUGCUGAUAAAAGGAAAACCGUUAGGACUUGGUUUAAGAUAUUUUGUCCAUCAAGAGGCCCUAGUCAUGUGCUGACUCAAUUUCAGAGUAGUCCAGAUAAUUUUGCUCUAAUGCAAAGUUGGGGUUGGCGAAGUUCAAGUCUUUGUCAAGAUGAUUAUCUCUUGGAUGUUCGUGAUUAUGACACUUCUGCUUCUGCUAUUUCAAAUUCUAGUUCAUCGACCCUAAAAUUUUCUGUG